AAGUCGUCUAUUGGUGACCGCUCCACUGUAUGGCCACAAAAAACUGCGAAAUCGAGGAGAAAGACAGCGCCCCGAAGAAGUCUAGCGAACUGUGUGGAGCAUCGUGUUGGUCAUGGGAUUUUUGCUCAAGUCUCCGGUGUGUCGGACUUCCAAAGAGAGGACAUGUCCUUUGGUUUAUUAAAGCCCCAGUGCUCCAUUUGGCCCUGCCAGCAUGCUCCAGUAGUGACGGGAUCCCCCCCAGUCAUCAGCACUGUUUGAUCCAAGAGAAACGUGCCUUGUAAGGAAGCAGGAUGUUCACAGGCUCCACCAAGCUGCCCCCUGCCAAAACCCCGCAGCCUGAGCGGCUGGACGAGGUCUACGCCGCCUUACGUCGGGGCUUACAGUCAUACUUACAGGUCCACCAGCUGGAGCUGGACAGUCUGGGCCAGCAGAUCAGAGAAAACAAGAGAAAUGGUCGACUGGGCUCUUUGUAUGAGCAGGAUAAGCAAGUGAAAGCCAUAGAGAGAUUCAUGCGUCGCUUGGAAUUCCACCUCAGCAAGGUAGAGGAGCUGUACGAUGCUUACUGCAUACAGCGCCGACUUCGAGAUGGCGCCAGUAAAAUGGUGGCAGCCUUUAACUCCGCCAGUGGGAGUAAGGAGGCCAGGGAGAGCCUGAGUGAGGCAAACAAAGGCUUCAGGGAAUGUACAGAGCGCAUGUGCUCCUUAGAGAGUGAACUGGAAGGCCACAUGGGAGAGUUUCAUGUCAAGAUGAAGGGCCUUGCCGGCUUCGCCAGGCUAUGUGCUGGUGACCAGUAUGAGGUGCUAAUGCGCUAUGGGCGGCAACGCUGGAGGCUCCGGGGCCGCGUCGAAGUCAGCAACAAGCAAAUAUGGGACAGUGAAGAGUACAUUUUUCUGCCUCUUGUCACAGAACUCCUGUCCAUUAAGGUGACGGAGCUGAAGAGUUUGGCCAACCACGUGGUGGUGGGCAGCGUGUCCUGUGAAAUGCUCGACCUGUUCUGCCCCCUCCCGCAGACCCUUGCUGUGGAUAUCAAUGACCUAGGAACAGUGAAGCUCAACUUGGAGGUGACUUGGAGUCCAUUUGAUAAGGACGACCAGACAUCAUCCAGCAGUACAGUUUCCAAACGUCUUCUGUCCAAUCAGAGCCCUCCAGACACGCCCUCAAUGCGGGAGCAAGUGUUUUAUUCUCUGCUGAAGCGACAAGGAGAGCUCGACAACGGCACAGUCUGGUCCAACUCCUCUGAAUCCUCUGACGACUCCUCCAGCCCGGCGCUGGCCCAUCACGCUCAGAGGCUGUCGGCCUCCAACAUACCUCAAAGCAACGUCACCGCGCUACUGUCGCUCACGCCACACAAGUCCAGCGUGUCGACGCCGUCGCUUUCAUCUAACCAGGGGGAAGACGAGGGCGAAGCUGGCGAUGUUUUCUCUCCAAAAGAUUCGGUGCACAACGGCCACCCGCAGACUUCCUGCACUGGGAGCCAAAUCGACGCCACCGGUCAGGGAUGUACUUUAACAGACAGACUGUCAGUCCAAUCAGAGGUUCUGGAAACCUUGGAAGAACUAAGCUGCUCGUGUUCUGAUGCUGACGUUUCCUCCACCGUCCCCGAGUCCAUACAGAGGACGGAGGAAUGUGGCAACAUCCAUGCUACCAAUCCACCGGAGGACUCCAUAGUCCACGCCAAAGCAGGAACUAUCAAGGCUGAAGAACCAAGUCAGCCAGCUCUAAAACAGUCUGAUGGAGCUCCAGCUGUCCCUUUUCCCACGUCUUCUAGUUUCACCCAGGAAGUGGAGACGGCUCUUGAGAGCUUUGACUUUCUCAACUGCUCUGACCUGGAGGAUGAGGAGGAAGAAGUGGUGGAGCACCAAGAAGUGGUAAAGUACCAAGAAGUGGUAGAGCCCCAACAAGUGGUAGAGCCCCAACAAGUGGUAGAGCCCCAACAAGUGGUAGAGCCCCAACAAGUGGUAGAGCGCCAAGAAGUGGUAAAGCACCAAGAAGUGGUAGAGCACCAAGAAGUGGUAGAGCACCAAGAAGUGGUAAAGCACCAAGAAGUGGUAGAGCACCAAGAAGUGGUAGAGCACCAAGAAGUGGUAGAGCACCAAGAAGUGGUAGAGCACCAAGAAGUGGUAGAGCACCAAGAAGUGGUAGAGCACCAAGAAGUGGUAGAGCACCAAGAAGUGGUAGAGCACCAAGAAGUGGUAGAGCACCAAGAAGUGGUAGAGCACCAAGAAGUGGUAGAGCACCAAGAAGUGGUAGAGCACCAAGAAGUGGUAAAGCACCAAGAAGUGGUAGAGCACCAAGAAGUGGUAAAGCACCAAGAAGUGGUAGAGCACCAAGAAGUAGAUACGGCUCUGGAAAGCUUUGACUUUUUCAAGUGCUCUGACCGGGAGGAUGAGAAAGAAAAAGUGGUAGAGCACCAAGAAGAGUCUGAGAACCAAGAGGAAGACGAGCAGCAAAAGGAAAACAAAGAAGAAAAAGAAGCAGACGAGGAGCAGCAUGAAGAUGACAAUAUGGCUGAGCAAGAGAAGGCAGCAGAGGGGGAGAAGGACAAAGAUAACUACUCUGGAGAAAGCGAUGAAGAGGCAGGAAACGGCUUGGAGUUCCUUAUGGAGGCGCCGGAGGGAUUUAGAAACUCUGAUGAAGAUCGCAUCUCUGAAUCGCAGGAGUCCAGUGUCGAAGAGGAGCAGGAUUUGGCUCCGGUGCAACUGCCCGAGGAGGAGGAGCUUAAUGAGGAAAAGGGAGGCGACCAACAAACAUUUAUAGCAGAGGAGAGGUCACAAGAUGUUCAGGAUGAGCAGCGUCCUCCUACUCCGAGCAACUUGGCCACCACUGUGUUCUAAGGACACCCAGUGUGGAACCACCACUGAGUUCUAAGGGCACGCAGUGUGGAACCACAGUCCAAACAUUUCCACUCUUGUCUAAUGUGCUCAUUGCCAAGUCGCACUCACUCGACAAACAAGCUCUCGUUCGUGCAGAGUUUGUGCACAUGUCCGCCUUGUCCCGUGUCUUUCAACGACAUUGUGUUGCCUGCAUUAAUACCACUUUUGUUUGAAGUAAUCCAUUGAGAGCAGGCUUGGUUUAAUUUGUUCCAUUUAUUUAAGUGAUCAAACAGUGCUGUAGAGGAUGUGUUUCCUUACUUACUCUGCAUCCAAUCAGUCACUGGGGUAAACAAAGAAAGGCGUUCCAAGCUUCUAAACUUGCAGUAUUGAUGGACUGGGGGAAGUUUGCCAGCAAGCCAAGCUCUUGGGAUGAACUCCAAGAGCAUGUGAUGUUUGUCUUUGCUACAGAGCUGUGUAGCGCUAAUGUAUUCCACUUGUGUGACAACGUGUCUUUUAAGCUACACCAGGACUUAAGCUGCCUUACGACCACACCUUUUUAGGGAUUUAUUUUACACGGUUGCAGGAUUGGAGUUGAUAUUAAUGCAAUUAGUGGUGUAAAGGUAUAUUUAAACCUGCAUGUGUAGACGCCUCACACUGCCAGCAUGUCCGCUGUAAAAGGCUUAUCUGUAAAAAAAAAUAUAUAUAUAUGUAUAUAUAUUUUGGUCCAAGCGAGGUCUCUACAAGAGUAGCCUCGGGGACGUUGUGGUUCAGCAGUAAAUUGCUUUGUCGUCGUACAAAAAGCCUCUUUAUUCAGAAAGUGCCUCGAGUGACGGCGGAUAUAAGGUUGUAAAAAGAAAAAAAAAAACGCAAAAAGUUUGUUUAUUUUGAAAUUACUUUUAGGAUUGUUCACCAUAAGAGAUAUUUACUGUUUCAUAUAAAGAAUUGUAUAUGUCCUGAAAUGUUUAUGUUCAGAAAUGUUCAAACUUUAUAAAGUUUUCUUUUAAAUGAA